CGGCCGGGCCCCGCCUCGGCUCCGCGCCCUCGCCCGGCUCUCAGCCGCCGCUCCGACCCGCAGCAGCCAGCCCAGUCUCCGGCAGCAUGUUCAGCUAGGUUAGCAAGGAUGCCCGCCGCAAGAAGGAGCCCGAGCUCUUCCAGACGGUGGCUGAGGGGCUGCGGCAGCUGUACGCGCAGAAGCUGCUGCCCCUGGAGGAGCACUACCGCUUCCACGAGUUUCACUCGCCCGCGCUGGAGGACGCUGACUUCGACAACAAGCCCAUGGUGCUCCUCGUGGGCCAGUACAGCACGGGCAAGACCACCUUCAUCCGGCACCUGAUCGAGCAGGACUUCCCAGGGAUGCGCAUCGGGCCCGAGCCCACCACCGACUCCUUCAUCGCAGUCAUGCAUGGCCCCACCGAGGGCAUGGUGCCGGGCAACGCGCUGGUCGUCGACCCACGGCGCCCCUUCCGCAAGCUCAAUGCCUUCGGCAACGCUUUCCUCAACAGGUUCAUGUGUGCCCAGCUGCCCAACCCGGUCUUGGACAGCAUAAGCAUCAUUGACACUCCCGGGAUCCUGUAUGGAGAGAAACAGCGCAUCAGCAGAGGUUAUGACUUCGCGGCCGUCCUGGAGUGGUUCGCCGAGCGGGUUGACCGCAUCAUCCUGCUCUUUGAUGCCCACAAGUUGGACAUCUCUGACGAGUUCUCGGAAGUCAUCAAGGCCCUCAAGAACCACGAGGACAAGAUCCGCGUGGUGCUGAACAAGGCUGACCAGAUCGAGACCCAGCAGCUGAUGUGGGUCUAUGGGGCCCUCAUGUGGUCCCUGGGGAAGAUCAUCAACACGCCCGAGGUGGUCCGGGUGUACAUCGGCUCCUUCUGGUCCCACCCACUCCUCAUCCCCGACAACCGCAAGCUCUUUGAGGCUGAGGAGCAAGACCUCUUCAAAGACAUCCAGUCUCUGCCCCGAAACGCCGCCCUCUGGAAGCUCAAUGACCUGAUCAAGCGGGCACGGCUGGCCAAGGUCCAUGCCUACAUCAUCAGCUCCCUCAAGAAGGAGAUGCCCAAUGUCUUUGGUAAAGAGAGCAAAAAGAAAGAGCUGGUGAACAAUCUGGGAGAGAUCUACCAGAAGAUUGAGCGGGAGCAUCAGAUCUCCCCCGGCGACUUCCCAAACCUCCACAAGAUGCAGGAGCUCUUGCAGACCCAGGACUUCAGCAAGUUCCAGGCCCUGAAGCCCAAGCUGCUGGGCACAGUGGACGACAUGCUGGCCAACGACAUCACCCGGCUGAUGGUGAUGGUGCACCAGGAGGAGUCCCUGAUGCCUGCCCAGGUGGUGAAGGGCGGCGCCUUCGAGGGCACCAUGAAAGGGCCCUUCGGGCAUGGCUAUGGCGAGGGGGCCGGCGAGGGCAUUGAUGACGUCGAGUGGGUGGUGGGCAAGGACAAGCCCACCUACUAUGAGAUCUUCUACACCCUGUCAUCCGUCAACGGCAAGAUCACGGGCGCCAACGCCAAGAAGGAGAUGGUGAAGUCCAAGCUGCCCAACACGGUCCUGGGGAAGAUCUGGAAGCUGGCCGACGUGGACCGGAACGGGCUGCUGGACGAUGAGGAGUUCGCGCUGGCCAACCACCUCAUCAAAGUCAAGCUGGAGGGCCACGAGCUGCCCGCUGACCUGCCCCCACACCUGAUCCCUCCCUCCAAGCGGAGGCACGAGUGACCACCCCGCCAUCCACGACCCCACCUCAGUGCCCAGCCAGGCGGAGAGGCUAGGGGAGGGGAGGGUUAGCGGUUCUCAAGUCCAUAAAGACUGAGUGAUGUUUCCUCAGCUCGCAAAAGAAAACCACCAUCUUUCUCUUAAGGCUGCUCUUGGGGGAGGCAGGGGUGAUCCUCAUAUGUGAAUGAUGGAAUUUUGUGCAUAAGAACUACGGAUAUUUUUAAUAUAUAACGUUAGAGGCAGCGUUC